GAGUUUAAAUCCGUAAGAUAUUUUAUUUAAUUGUCAGUUAGUGUAUUAAAUUGAAGGAAGUUGGAGUUUUUGUGGUAUGAAUAAUGAAUGAAAAUUUUAAAGGCUCGAACAAGAAUAUAAAUUCGUUUAGAAGCAGUUUUUCAGGACAGUUUACUAGUAAACUUCAGUAUAAACAAUGGUGCGUUCGAGCUUUUUGACUAAUAUUAUUAAGAUUAUUUUAUACAUCUCUGUGUCAGUUGAAUCAAAAUUAAGAAAUCAUAAAACUGUGCUACUGUCGUGGGAAGAGAAUUAUAAUAUUAAAGAGCUCACUGUAGAUGAUGUACCUGAGGAUUGCCGAAAAAAUUAUAUUUGUUCCAACAUCACAACUUACGAAACUGAAUUUGUUAAUAAUCUUCUUAAAAAGCUUUCUUCACAAAAAAAUCUCAAAAAGUUUAACGUAGAUAAGCUGACAGUACUUAACUCAUAUGGUUUGGGAGAAAUUGAAGAACUUUGUGCUUCGAAAGAAGAGAUCAUUUGGCCCCAAGCAGCAGUUGACGAUAAAGAUCAGUGGCAGUACAUAGUGAACACAGGAGUAUUUCCAUUUCAAGGUUACAGAAUAAAUAGAUGCAUAGAAAGAGGCUCACGUUGCUCAAAAGCUGCGAUUUUCGAUGGGUUUAAUAGCUCGUGCGAACAAGAGAUAUUUCUAAGAAAGAUGGUGUACAUAGAUGUAAAGAAUAAGCAACUCGCAACAAACUAUUUUCAAAUACCAAGUUGUUGUUCCUGUAAAAUAACAUCAAUAGAUUUAUACUGAUAUUCAAUUAACUGUAAUGUUGUUAUAAUAUAAUUAUUAUUGUUGAUUUUUAGUAAAUGGUUUAUUAGUGAAUAUUUACUUAAUGUUUUAUAAAACGAGAGAAACUAUAAUAAUCAAGUUUUCAUUAAA